AUGGGGCGAGCCCGCCCUGCCGCCCGCACCCCGCGGCCAGCCGCGACGGCAGCGCGGCGCGGAGCGGAGCCGCCCGCGGAGGAUGAUGGCGCCGGCGACCGCCCCCGCGAUGGCCGGCCCGCUGGCCCUGCUGGACCCCACAGGGCAAUUUGCAAAAAGGAAGAAGACUUCACUUUGGUUCACAAUCUCUCUACUGGUGGUGUCCAUUUUCAUACUGACCAUAGGUCUGGCAGCUACAACAAGAACAGAAAAUGUUACUGUGGGAGGCUACUACCCAGGCAUUAUUCUUGGCUUUGGAUCUUUCCUAGGGAUUGUAGGCAUCCACCUGGUAGAGAACAGAAGACAAAUGGUAAUCUGUUUGUUAUACCUGUCCCAUGUCUUACCCACCUUUGAUACCAAGUGACACAACAUGGUGGUAGAUCAGACUCUAUCAGAAAGAAACUACCACGUUUACUGUUGUCUUUGGCAGAAGGAAAUACCAAAUUUAUUACAAAGGAGGAACAUGUAGGAAAGAGAUACUUAAAUUUCCUUUUGGAGAGCUUUCUUGGCAACCAUAAUGGCUUCAGUUUGCUUCUGGAAACAUUUAUUGUACAUAUACAGUUAGUAGCCUCCAUCGUGUUUAUCAGCUUUGGCGUGGUAGCAGCAUUCUGUUGUGCAAUAGUUGAUGGAGUGUUUGCAGCGCGGCAUAUAGAACCUAGACCUUUGUAUAACAGAAGAUGCCAGUUUUAUUCAAGUGGAGUAGGAUUCCUAUAUGAUGCCUACCAAACAGAGGUGACUUGUUAUACCUUAAACACCAAGUGCCAGCUGAAAAUAAAGAGUAACACGUGCUAUUGCUGUGACCUGUACAACUGUGAGAACUCAGAGCAGUCCUCCAGCUACUACGAAUUUCUUGGAGUGAGCAGCUGUCAGGAUGUGGUUCACCUGUAUAGGCUGCUGUGGUCUUCCACAGUCCUGAACAUCAUCGGGUUGUUUCUGGGGAUCAUCACAGCAGCCAUUCUUGGAGCAUUUAAAGACAUGGUACCUAUGUCCCAAAUUGCUUUCAGUCCUGCACCACCUCCUCAGAUCCUGUACAACCCUGCCCAGCAGAUCCUGACAUAUGCUGGAUUUUGUCCUUCUGCAGCAACAAUUUCUACAUAUCCAUCCUAUCCAUUGCCCCUUCAGCCUGCCAGCAAUUUUCCAGGAACAUCAUCUACUGACAUUUCUUUAUCAGAAGAAACUCAGCCUCCAUCUCAGUCCAGCUCCAGCUACGGUCUUCCCCCCAAUGCUCCGCCCCUCUAUGCGCCGACUUACUUCUUGCCUGGAGAAAAGCCUCCACCAUAUGCACCAUAGGACCAAGUAUUUUAUUUGAGGUAGUUAGCAGGCAUUGUUUUUAAGAAACCUUUGGAAACCCUGCGCUGUGCAGGCACUAGACUUUCCAAAGAAGCCACUACAGAGUGUGUUACAGCCACUCUGCUUUUAGGCACAUCUCACUAAGCAGAGCAGAAACCUGGAAACAUCAGGGCAGGCUCAUCACCAGUGGGGUGACAGGUCACCACCCAGUCUGCCUGAGGUCAAAUGCAGUACUGCUUUCUACUUACCAUGAGUUUUUUCCUUCUCCCUAUACUGCAGAGUGGUUUUCUUCCAGAGGAGAAUUGAAGAAAACACUCUGGAUACGUGCUCUGCUUUCAUAAACCAAUAUAGAAGAGUUUUAGUUUGUGUUGUCUGAAUGAGUAUUCUGGAGCCCUACGAGUCAAUUGCUUUGGGUAGAAAGAGCCUAGGUGUUUGUGUGCUUGUGGUAUUUAUUUAAGAACCCUCUUUGGUGAAAGUGUUGUACCAAUAAAAAAAGUGUGUCAAUUAUUUUCCAAUAAAAUUGACUGUGUAUAUUUAUGCUGCACCUAAGGC